AAGACACUGCGUUGCUUGUUCCAUGGCCAAACCUGGUAAAGACCCCCUGGUAGCUUACGUUCAGGUCAGUCAGGAUGCAAAUGUAAUCAUGCACGUCUUCAGCUCCCCAGCACGACAGCUGAGCAGGAUGUGAAAGGUAUAAAGAUCCUCGUUUCCUGCUUGCCCUGGCCUUACUACAGCAGCCUUCAGCAUUAUCCGCAUCAUCCAGCAGUCGAAAUAUUCACCUUCACGUCGGAAAAAAUGACGAACUCCGUCUCCAUUCACGUCGAGGACCGCCAAUCCGGCAAGAACGCCAACGGCAACGUCCCUGCCAACGGACAGAAACAGACCUUCGGCACCCUCUAUGGUACUGCAUUCGGCGGCAAAGUCGUCGUCAAUGCCAUCUUCGUGCAGACACCGGCCACUGCUCAAGGCCUCAAGAUCGUCGUCUCGGAUGAGCAUGGAAACCAAAAGGCCGUCUUGGAUGACAACGGCACGCCGUUUGUGAUCGGCAGUCAACCCGUGGAUAUUACGCAUUGGACGAUUACUGCGACAAAGCAGUAAAGGGCCGAACAGAAGCCCCUAUAGCUACGUGUGGAUACAGUCCAAGCAGGCUGGUGUGUGGCCACGGUAACGCCCACGGCCAGAAUGGGCCAUGCGGAGAUAUGAUAGGAGCAGUCAUAUCUGAUCAGGUUGGCAAGGAGGUAUGAGGACGCAAAUACUGCGGAAUACCGCAGAUGGGAAGGGGGGGCAGACACACUGCCAAACGCAGUCCACGUUCUCUCACAAACAUAACGAAUAA